AUGGCUCCGGGGGUUUUGUCUACGACAAAUGGACACGAGCAUCAACCCGAUUCGGCGAGCCCCGCUAACGGCAUCAAUGGCUGGCCUUCUGAAUCUUUAAGCAGCAGUCAGCGCACGGACCGUGUUGGACCUGUUUUCUAUUCUGCAGCUCCAGGGGACGUCCACGACCUUGUUUGCGUGGGCUUUGGGCCGGCCUCUCUCGCAAUUGCAGUUGCCCUCCAUGACUCGCUGCGCGCCCAAAGGGAAACUGACCCUGGUGUUCCUACGCCCACAGUACGCUUCUUGGAAAGACAGGCGGCCUUCAAAUGGCAUGCGGGAAUGCUGCUCCCGGGCGCAAAGAUGCAGAUUUCAUUCAUCAAAGACCUUGCCACCCUCCGAGAUCCCACAAGCCACUUCACCUUUUUAAAUUAUCUGAAGGAGCACGAUCGGCUGGUGCAGUUUUCGAAUCUGGGUACCUUCUUGCCUUCUCGGCUGGAGUUCGACGACUAUCUGCAGUGGGCAGCACGCCACUUUGAACAUGUUGUCGAAUAUAGUCAAGUGGUAGAUUCGAUACAUCCGCGAAGACUGGCUGGGACCGAGAAGUAUGACUGCUUCGAAGUUGUGUCACGGAGCCUCGCCACCGGCAGGACCACGAGUUUUCUGAGCCGAAAUGUCGUGAUAGCGGUGGGCGGUCGACCCGAGAGGCCGACAGUGUUUCCGACCUACCAUGAUCGUAUCCUGCACUCAUCCGAAUACAACACAAGAAUUAGCCGCGUGCUGCCCAACAGGGACCAAAAUUACAACAUCGCUGUUGUGGGUGGCGGCCAAAGUGCUGCCGAGGUCUUCAAUGAUCUCCAUCACCGCUAUCCCAACGCCACUACCAGGCUCAUUAUUCGAGACUCUGCACUUCGGCCAAGUGAUGAUUCACCAUUUGUCAACGAAGUGUUCAAUCCAGAAGCAGUCGAUACUUUCUUCGACCAACCAGAAGAUAUCCGGGCCGAAAAUGUGAAGAAGAACAAGGCCACCAACUACAGUGUUGUGCGGCUCGAACUGCUUGAGAAACUUUACGACGACCUUUAUAUCCAAGGAAUCAAGCAACCAGACAAGCGCCUUUGGCAGCAUCAGAUUCUGCCGCUGAGGGUAAUCUCGGCAGUUGACGACAAUGGAUCCGACGAACGUGUCGGUUUGAUUUUGACCGACCUAAGCCCGUCGAGCACAGCGAGAGAGGAAAAAUUGUCAGUCGAUGUGGUCGUAUUGGCCACUGGUUAUCGGCGAGAUGCGCAUGUCGAUAUGCUCCGAGACUGUCAGGGCAUCAAUUCAAGGCCGGACGGGCACUGGCAACCUGGGCGUGAUUACGGAUUGAAACUGAAUCGUGCGUCUGUGCAAGAUGGCAUUGGAAUCUGGCUGCAGGGAUGCAAUGAGGUCACUCACGGCUUGUCUGAUUCUCUGCUGUCCAUUCUGUCCACUCGUAGCGGAGAGUUGGUUGAUUCCAUCUUCGAGAUCAACUCGAAACCCAAGGGUUACUGA